AUGGCAGAGAAUAACAACAACAACAACAACAACAACAACAAAAAUCCGCCAGAAGAGUUGAUGGAUGUAUUCCUCACUCCGAGCGUGCCAAGAAAUACCUCAUGCAUCAUCGGACCAAAUGUUGCUGCAAACAACUUUGAGAUUAAGCCAGCCCUACUCUCUGUAGUUCAUCAAAAUCAAUUUGCUGGUGGUGACGAAGAAGACCCUCAUAUUCAUCUCGAUAAGUUCUUGUUGAUAUGUGACACAGUGAAGAUGAACGGGGUAGCAGAUGAUGCCAUCCGUCUGAGAUUGUUUCAAUUUUCUUUGAAAGAUCAAGCUCUUAAGUGGCUUCAUCAACAACCUACUGGAAGCAUUGCUUCAUGGGAUGACUUAGCCGCCAAAUUCUUGGCUAACUUCUUCCCCAUAACCAAAUAUAAUCAAUUGGUCAAUGAAAUUUCAAAUUUCACCCAACAGGAAGGGGAGUCUCUUUGUGCUGCAUGGAGACGAUUCAAAGAUUUGCAAAGAAGAUGUCCUCAGUAUGAAGUGCAACCUGGACCAAAGGUACGAAUAUUCUUCAAUGGAAUAACACCUGCUUCCAGAAUGGUCAUUAAUGCCGCAGCAAGAGGGUCAUUGAGACAAAAAACUCCUACUCAAGCAUUGGAGCUAUUUGAAUCUAUGGCUUCUCUAGAGAAUGAAAGUGUUCCGACACAACCAAAGAAAGGGAUAUAUCAGCUAGAAAGCAAUGAUGCUAUGUUGGCUGCACAGAAGGCAAUGUCUCAACAAUUGACAUCCCUGACAUCAAUGUAUGAAAAGUUUCAAGCAUCAGCAUUCCAGACACAGCCAACUCCACUAGUUUGUGACUUUUGUGGUGGAGAGCAUGAGAACACCAAUUGUGGAGCUCUUGGAGGAAAUGAAGCAACAUUAGUGAAUGGGAUCUGGAAUGAUCAGAGGAAUUCAGGAAACUUCCAGAAAAAUCAAAGCAGUCCAUAUGGUAAUACUUAUAAUCCAAGGUGA